AGUAAUGUACAGCAUAGGAUGGGGAAGACCCUCCCUAGCACUGGGCUGAACAAGUAGGGUGGGCUUGGAUUGGUGGAAUGCCCAUCACAGGGACAAAUUAGGGAAUGCAAGCAAAAAAAAGAAAAACCUUGGGAAUCCGCAGCUUUGUCACCUACAGCAGUGUGUUGUUUUACUAGGAUGAGAGACACAGCGCUGGGACUACAUCUGUAAUCUAGGGAUUUCCUCCCUCUAUGCUCAGGCCAGAGUGAGGGAGAGAAGGCAUCAGAAGGCUGCCAGUCACAAGCCUGUGCUGCGAGCAGCUCCUGCAGCCCCCUCUCUUGGUCACACACACAGACACGGAGGAGGAGGGAGCUGAGCUGCUGUCAGACACUGCUACAUUGCACGGCAACCCGGGAUCUCCAUGCACUGAUUUGCAGCACCGGGUGUGACCCCAGCUAGCCCAGUGUGCGUGUGCUAGCCCCGGGCACGCAGCAGUACGGUUCUGUCAGCCGCACCACCAUAAGGAGAGGAGGACACGAGAGGAUGAUGUGAAUGCAGUGCCGAGCCCAGGCCGCCUACUGCAGGGUCUUUACUUCAGCGGAGCUUGAAGAAAUGUGGUGAAAUCCAGUUACAGUAGUAGGAAAUAUUGGGAUAUAGAUAAUGGGCUGUGUGCAAUGCAAGGAUAAAGAAGCAACCAAACUGACCGAUGAGAGAGAUAACAGUUUAACUCAGAGCUUAGGAUACCGCUAUGGGACAGACCCCACACCACAGCACUACCCUAGCUUCACUGUGACUACCAUUCCAAACUAUAACAACUUCCAUGGGACUGCAGGGCAAGGGCUUACAGUCUUUGGAGGGGUGAACUCCUCGUCGCACACAGGAACCUUGCGUACAAGAGGUGGAACUGGAGUGACGCUUUUUGUGGCUCUUUAUGACUAUGAAGCAAGAACGGAAGAUGACCUAAGUUUUCAGAAAGGAGAAAAAUUCCAGAUCCUUAAUAGCUCUGAGGGGGACUGGUGGGAAGCUCGGUCUCUGACAUCUGGUGGAACCGGUUAUAUCCCAAGUAACUAUGUGGCACCAGUGGAUUCCAUUCAAGCUGAAGAAUGGUACUUUGGAAAACUGGGCAGAAAAGAUGCAGAGAGACAAUUAUUAUCCUUUGGAAAUCCAAGGGGUACUUACUUAAUACGUGAAAGUGAAACCACCAAAGGUGCCUAUUCAUUGUCUAUUCGGGACUGGGAUGACAUGAAAGGAGAUCACGUCAAGCACUAUAAGAUCCGGAAACUUGAUAGUGGCGGCUAUUACAUAACGACCAGGGCCCAGUUUGAAACCCUUCAGCAGCUGGUUCACCAUUACUCAGAGAAAGCUGAUGGUUUGUGUUAUAAUUUAACAAUGCUUGCACGGAGUUAUGUCCCACAAACUGUUGGAUUGGCUAAGGAUGCAUGGGAAGUGUCACGGAGCACAAUAUUUCUGGAGCAGAAGCUCGGUCAGGGCUGUUUCGCUGAAGUGUGGUUUGGUACAUGGAAUGGAAACACCAAGGUGGCAAUAAAGACUCUGAAACCAGGGACCAUGUCGCCUGAGUCUUUCCUGGAAGAAGCUCAGAUCAUGAAAAAGCUGAAACACGAUAAACUGGUGCAGCUCUAUGCUGUGGUGUCCGAGGAGCCCAUCUACAUUGUCACUGAGUACAUGAGCAAAGGGAGCUUGCUGGAGUUUCUAAAAGAUGGAGAAGGUCGGGCCCUGAAGUUGCCAAACCUAGUUGAUAUGGCAGCACAGGUUGCUGCUGGCAUGGCUUAUAUUGAACGAAUGAAUUACAUACACAGAGAUCUGAGGUCUGCAAACAUUUUGGUUGGAAAUGGUCUAAUAUGCAAAAUUGCAGAUUUUGGUCUUGCCAGAUUAAUUGAAGACAAUGAAUACACAGCAAGGCAAGGUGCAAAGUUCCCUAUAAAAUGGACAGCUCCAGAGGCGGCACUGUAUGGAAGGUUCACAAUUAAGUCAGAUGUGUGGUCUUUUGGUAUUUUACUGACAGAACUUGUAACAAAAGGAAGAGUUCCCUAUCCAGGUAUGAAUAACCGAGAGGUAUUGGAACAAGUAGAACGUGGCUACAGGAUGCCGUGUCCGCAGGACUGUCCCAAUUCUCUGCAUGAGCUUAUGCUUAACUGCUGGAAAAAAGACCCAGAGGAACGCCCUACUUUUGAGUAUCUACAAGGUUUCCUGGAAGACUACUUCACUGCCACUGAGCCCCAGUAUCAGCCUGGAGACAACCUGUAAAGUUCUGCCUGUACGAAGCCAUUGCCAGGUUCAAAUCCUAGAAUUUGCUUCCAGUUUAAUGACUGCCUUUUACAAGGACCUCUAUCUUCCAUUGUGGGUUGCACGUAGGUGUGAAGCUCGGAACUUCAAGGAAACUUUUUUUUCCAUGGCCACUUACUAUAAUAAUCUGAAUGUCCUCUUUUGAAAACAAUAGAGAAUGGGGGAAAGUAGAACAAACUUCUCAAGCAAAGACUUUGAUAAUGCAUUGUAUUGAUGUUAUGUAAACUGCAAAACCUCUAUUCAUUGUAAAUAUUAACUCUGUGCCAAUUCCCAAUAUUACAGAUAUCAAGUUUUUUUUAAAGCGGAAUCCAUGCAAUUUUAACCAGUUUUCACUAGAUUCUACUUAAGUAUUAAUUUUCAGAAAUGCCCUCCUAUACUUAUAAACAAUUUUAUUUAAAAUGUAGAUGCAUUUUUCUCCUGCUUUUUCUACCUAUAAUAAUGAAUAAUGAAGGCUGUACAUACAAACCGACAUGCAGUACCUCUUGUACAUACGUCCAUACAUGCUGGCAGAAAGGCUGACGGCUCCGGCCUGGGCCUGCAACUUCAAGGCUCACACAAUGUCCUAAAGGAAGGAUGAAAGAUGAAGGAAGUCGCCCAAGACCGACAAUUUUGUACCGUUCAGAAUUUGCCUCGCACCCUCUUUUGAAGACUGACAAUGAAUAUACUUAUGAUCUUAGUAUGUGUUCAAUAAGCCACUAUUUGGAUUGCAUACUUUAAAGACUCGCACUAAAUGGUCACCUGUAUUUGCCAUAUAAUCCUAAAUGGCCAACUUCCACCAAUGAAAUAUAAGGCAGGUGUACAACAGUAAGGCAUUGUGUUAUUCUAAAUAACUUUGUUCCCCUAAAAGUACUGAUAUCUAUACUGUCUAAACUAAUAAUAUGUAUGAGUCAGUUUCUACAUAAAUCAGAUUUCAAAUCUGAAUGUGACGUCUUCAAAAACCCAUCUGUGUCAAAAUAGCUACCUAAUAGAUUUUUCUUUCUGAUAAACAUCUAACCCAUCUAUAUUGUUCACUUGGAUUACAAAAUUGCGUAAUCUGUGCAUAUGUUAAGACCACCCGGAGUACGUAAGCAGUUAGUUCAUCUUUUCUAUGUAUUAUUUACCAAUGUAAAAUGCGUCUUUUCAAUGCUAAUAAGGAAACUUAUUUCUACUUGUCUUAGACGUUCUCCAAUGGAAUUACUAUGCACUAUACAUUUCAUGGGGAAUGCACAAAUCCAGUGUUUUUGUACCAUUCUUAGAUUAAUUCUGUUUAACGAGCAAAAGUCCUUUCCAUUUGCUUUUUACAUUGUGUUAUCAAUUUAAAGUCUUAACUAAUUUCCUGUUAUAAUUUCUUUACAUUUUUUCAUGGAAAACUGUUUAACUUUAUUAAUUUAGUAAUUAAAUCUGAACAUUUUACAUCA